AUCGAGUCUUUAAUGAUCGCCUGUAGACAUUUACAAGCUUUGCGAAUUAACCUUUUAAGAUCUCAAAUGAACGAAUAGCCACUGUAGGCUGCACCGGCAUAAUGUAGGUAUACUGGACCAUGUUCAGAACAAUUAAAAAUGCGCCGACCUUUCUUGCUCUGUCAUGUCAUCCCAACAGACUGGAUAGGAGCAGGCUGUGGCGACAAAGUGGAUACCUUUGACCAUGACAGCCGCAGGAUUGACACCUCUACCCAGACCAACAAUUCAGGCCCACACAAGCAGCAAACGCACCGACGACCGGACAAGCACCCGUGCCGCUUCUGUCCUCACUCAAGCUCUUCCGCAGCGGAUGUCGCAAUCCACGAGAGGACUCACACUGGCGAGAGGCCCUUCAGUUGCGAUGCCUGCGAGAAAACAUUUGCGCGUAAGGAUUGCUUCACAGCUCAUGUUAGAAUUCACACCGGAGAGAAGCCGUUUAAGUGCAACACGUGCAGCAGGGCGUUUACUCAGAAAACCAGCUUGACGAAUCAUGAGAGAACUCAUACUGGAGAGAAGCCGUACAAGUGUAACACGUGCAGUGGGGCGUUUAGUCAUAAAUGGAGCUUGGCGGAUCACGAAAGAAUUCAUACAGGAGAGAAGCCGUACAGGUGCAACACGUGCUGCAAGGCGUUCACUAAGAAAACCAACUUGGUAAAUCAUGAGAGGACUCACACCGGAGAGAAGCCGUUCAAGUGCAACACGUGCAGCAAGGCGUUUACUCUGAAACGCACUUUGGCGGAUCACGAAAGAAUUCACACUGGAGAGAAGCCGUUCAACUGCAACAAGUGUAGCAGGGCGUUUAGUCAUAAAUGCAGCUUGGCGGUUCAUGAGACGACUCACACAGGAGAGAAGCCGUUCAAGUGCGAGACCUGCAGUAGAGCGUUUGCGGCUUAUAGCGAUUUACACACUCAUCGGAAGAUACAUCGCAAGUGAUCGAAACAGCAACGUGCAUCAUAGUUGCGGAGGGGAUUUAAACGAAAUACUCGAGCACCGACGUGUGUUCAUUUGGCUUGGCGAUAGACCUGCAGCGGUUCUACUUGCGAGCAGUGUGUGUUUCGCUGGUUCAAAAUGUUUCAGCCUGUUAUUUAUCGAGCAAAUGCAGAUAAAAAAUGUGAAUUUACCUUAGUCGAAGCGACCAGAGGUCUUUUUUGUACACGAAAAAAAGAAAAUAUUUGAAGCCUUAUCUUUUUUUAUUCAUUUAGUCAUUAAUGUCGUGAUGCACCUGGAGUCUGUGUUGUCUGUAGGGUCACUUAUGUUCCUUACAAGUCGGCCUACUCAUGACCAUAAAUAUACAAACUUAUAAAAUAACGAAGGUCUUUCAAUAGCAGCAAUCUUAAAUAUUGCAAAUGUUAAGAAAGUAUGAGAACAACCGAGUAAUGUGGAGGGGUCAACAUAAUUUUAAGAUGUAAAAAUAGAACAUUAUUCGAAACAAUUUAGCACACCAAGCUGGAAACUAAUGCUUUGCUCAUAGGACGGCAACAGAAUAUACAUGACUCGGAUAUUUAGAAAUGAAGUGUAAUUUCCUAUCUCAUUUCGUAAUAUUCUUCGUCCUUUUCUUUUUGACCAGUUUGACUAUCUGAAUUCUGAUGUCGUCACUCAAUGUGCUUGCUACAUGAAAUACUCGUAUGUAUGUUUUCCUUUUGCAUGACUUUAUUCUUUUUUUGCACAUUCACGAAGACGGUGCUCAUCAUUUAGGAUAUUCAUAUUUUCAGUGGUAUACAUUUGGUGUUCAUAUAUACUCCGUUGCACCUUAGGUACGAGCGCGGACAUUGUUUUGAGCCGGGGGACCAAUAAAACAGCGCAAAAAGCGCAACGCCAUGGCGUGCUCUCUGCGCUUGAUAGGACUAGCCGGUGGAAAAGCACGCACAGAGAGAUGGCGAAUACCGGCUACUCCUAUAGUCCUAUGAACUGCAGAGAACUCGCCAUGGCUUUGUGCCUUUUUCGCCGUUUGACUGGCCCUUCGGCUCAUAACAUCGGCCACGCUCGGACCUGAGCUUAAACGAAGUAUAGUUUCACUUGAUUUCGUCAGGCUUUUAAAUAUUCGAAAUUUCUCUUGUAGCAGACGGAUCACAUACAUUUGUUGUACUAAAGGCGUAAUUGACUCCAUUGUGUAUAUUCAUGUACCUAAAAACUACAUAUGUAUAAUCCAUCUAAAUAUGUGUUAAUCUGCGCUGACUGUACACUGGUUGUCACUUUUUCCUGAUGCGCCAGAAUUGAAGGAGGGAGAGUCCUGUUCCCAAACGUAUAAAAUAUUUGUUUGACAUAUACGGGGUGUUUCCGGAAAAAUGUGCAAAAUCGCUACUGCGAAAACUACGCAUCGCACAAUAAAGAAGCCCGAUGCCGUAGUGGUCUGUGUGAAAGGAAGAUUGCUAGAGCUGAAUAUGAUGGGAUAUUUAACAAAUUCCGAGUACUUAAAUUGUUAAAUAUUAGUUUUAAAGAUAAUAUUGGUGAAGGUGCGUCUUCACUCUGACACCGAUGUCAAAAAGGCAGACCUUAUGUGACAGUCCGGAGGCUUUCAUAUAUAGACUACUCUACGUACAAUGAGUGGCGGCGCACGCACGUUGCGCGUCUUAGACACGGGGGGCGGGAUUGCCGGCACGGAGAUGUGCUCCGAUAAGAAAGCGAAACCAAGAUACGCGUCCAAAUUGAGCAUUUCUUCGGAACGCCGUAAAAUGCUGCGCGUGCCUCGAUCGUACCAUUGUAGCGUGGGUGUUUUUAGUAGUUUUUGAUCAUAACGGCAAGAUUCUAUUUGAAACCUGGCCCUUCAAAUCAAUAAUGUGCAAUUUAUUCGUUCAAAAUUACUUACCCAAUUAUAUUGAACGCUAAACAUUUUCCUUGGUGGCAUGUGCAAAAGGCGUAAGGUGACUUUGUCGUAGAACCUAUGAGCACGAGCAUGUCCGUGCUCCCAGCCAUAUACACGCAGAGUGCGUGGUCAGGAGAUGAAAACGAGUUGGUUGUCUGGUCCGGCAAAUAUGUAGCUCCCGCCGCACUGUCAGCUUCAAGGGGCCGUGCAAAGAUAUUGGGUGUUGGGCUUUCUGCACCAGUGGGACCAAAGCACCGGUGUGCCCGUUACAGAAAACAUGUAAGAAAAUAGCGUCACUCGUUUGAUCGUCAAAACUUUACGGGCAACUGAGAUUCGUCACCGUCCUACGAACGUUAACGAUAUACCGUUAUGGUUACUUUCAAACGAGAACGAACGUUACUUUUACGCCAAUUUGAAUUGCAAUAUCAUUUGAGAGCGAACGGCCAAGGAUAUGAACUCAGACAACCGUUUAACAUCUUUGUAAGUUAUUAGUUUGUAAGAUUUGUUGCAUGAUCAUUAUUUUGAAAACUGGUUUUAUUGACUGUGCUGUAGUAAAUGUAGUAAUUUUUUGCACGACCAUAAGGGGUUUGCGAUAAGCUGAUUGAAUAAAACACUAAUUUGAGCAAAGAA